UCAAAGAUUGCAUUCGUUGGUUUUUUCCUUGUCUGUUUUGUUUUGCAGCCUGUCAUGUCCGACCACGGUCUUCUGACCACUGUGGCAUACAAACUUGGUCGGGACAAACCUGCCUGCUAUGCACUAGAGGGCUCUGUGGCUAUCGCAGGAGCGGUGGUUCGUUGGCUGCAGGACAAUCUCGGGAUCAUCGGAUCGUCUGAAGAGCUCGAGAAGUUGGCUGCGUCAGUCGGUACAUCCUACGGCUGUUAUUUUGUUCCUGCAUUUUCGGGUCUUUAUGCACCUUACUGGGAACCCAGCGCAAGAGGGAUCAUUUGUGGGUUAACUCAGUUUACUAAUAAGAGUCACGUUGCAUUUGCUGCACUGGAAGCUGUGUGUUUCCAGACGCGAGAGAUACUAGACGCCAUGAAUCAGGACAGCGGCAUCCCCCUGACUCAGCUCCAGGUGGACGGAGGAAUGACGUCCAACAGGCUGCUGAUGCAGCUGCAGGCAGACAUUCUCUGUAUUCCUGUUGUGAAGCCGUCCAUGCCUGAGACCACAGCUCUCGGCGCAGCGAUGGCGGCGGGAGCGGCAGAGGGGGUGAGCGUGUGGAGUCUGAGCCCGGAGGACCUGAGUGAAGUCACCUCCGAGA